AUGUCGACGUCCGCGCUCUUGUCCGCUCUGCGCGUCGGCGGCCGCCAACACGUCACCGCCUCCAUCCUCGCCGGCCGGCAACACAUCACCGCUCCCACCCUCGGCGAGAGGAUGCAGGCGACCGGCUCCCACGUCUUCAGGAUCGACAGGUUCGCACGCGUCAAGGAGAGAGUGGCCAAUGGCGCGCUCGUCCGCUCAGGCACGUUCGGCGUCGGCGGCCACGGCUGGCGCAUCCAUUGCUACCCAAACGGAAACGUGGAGCAGACCAGGGGCUCCAUGUCCCUCUUCCUCAAGCAGGCCAGCCACGCCACCACAGGCGACGCCACGGCCACGUUCAAGAUGAGCAUACUCGACCAAUCCUGGAAGCCGUCGCGCGCUUUGUCCAUGGAUGCGCACCGCUUCACGGGCGACGGCUGGGGCUGGGACAGAUUCAUCAAGCUCGAGGAUCUGGAGAAGGAUCAGAAGCACCUCCAGGACGGCUGCCUCUCCGUCCUCUGCGACGUCACCGUUCCUGCGGCGCCGGCGGCGCAGGAACUCAAGCUGGCGCCGCCGCCGUUUGAGCUGCACGGUGUAGGCCUCGCGGAAGCCAUCUGGAGCAAGCAGGCGGCGGACGUGAAGAUCAAACUCGGCGACGGACAGACGUUGGCAGCGCACCGCUGGGUGCUCGAAGCCCAGUCCCCGGUCUUCAUGGUGGAUCUCGCCCUCGCCUCGAAAACCGGGAACGUCACUGAGCUACGUGUCGACGACAUGGACGCAGACGUGUGCAAGGCGCUAGUCCAGUUCAUGUACACCCACUCGCCGCCGCGGGAGCUCGAGUCGAUGGCGGGGCGGCUGCUCGCCGCGGCCGACAGGUACGAGGUGGAGAAGCUGAAACUCAUCUGCGAGGAGGUGCUAUGCAAGAGCAUCGACACCAGCUCUCUGGCUGCCACCCUUGCGUUGGCAGAGCGCCAUCGCUGCCCCGUGCUGUGGGAGGCGUGCAUGAAGUUCCUCUCUUCUCCGGGUAACAUGGAUGUGAUCUUGGCGUCGUCGGACGGUUUGGAGAAGCUCAAGACAGACUGCCAGUCUGCCUUGUUGGAGCUCAUCGGCCGGUAA